CAACGACGCCAAAACAUUAGGCUGUCUGAUACAGCGUUAAAGUGAACACAGUCUACCACUACGCAUAAUCUUCAAACAAAUUAAAUGAAAGAAGUUAAUUGAAAGAUACAUAUGGCCAAGUGCAAACUUUGUCCAUAAACUGAGAAGUUUGUUGAAUUUAUUGUAGAUUCUGAGCCUUAAACCACGUGAAAUCGUGCAAGAUGAGUAUCAAUUGGAGACGAAAAUCUGAUGAUGGUAACAGCAAUAGGGGCAGAUCUAUCAGUGAGGACGACUCAGAGGCAGAUAAGGAUAAGGAAGAAGGUGGUAAACAAGUCCAGAAUAUUAUGAGUUUGUGUAAGGAGUCCAGCGGCAUGAUGGCCACUGUCACGUCUCUCCGCUCGACGCUACACACAUCAAAACGAUCGACAGGAGAGGACGGGGAGGAGGAGGUGGGUGUUAGCAGGGGGCGGGAGUGGGGCGAGAUCAAUCCCUUGACGCUGCAGACACUGAAGGAGGCGCUGGAGGAGCAGGAACCACAACUGCCAGCACUGACGCACGCUAACGCCACCAACACCGCCAGUCACGUCACCUCUCUAUCCUUACAGUUCAAAGGUCUGGGCAGUCUGGAUUUCUUGUGGAUGUUGACGAAUAUAACUCGACUGGUGCUGAGUAACAACAGCCUCACCGACACCCGGGGACUAGAGCGACUCUCCAAGUUGACCUGGCUUGACCUCUCCUUCAACCAGAUCAGCCGCAUCAGCAGCUUGAAGUCACUGAGGAACUUGGAGGUGUUGGCCCUACACAACAACCUGCUGCGGCGACUGGAGCGAGGCGCCCUCCAGCCCCUCUCUCACCUGCAAGUCCUCACCCUCGCCAACAACAAAAUCCACGACAUAGAUGACGUACGGACGCUGCGACAGGUCAAGUGCCUGGCGAGCCUUAACCUGGCGAACAACCCGCUGUGCGACCACCGCUACCCUGACUACGUCCUCGCUCAUCUGCCCGACUUGGCCUACCUCGACCACCGCCGCCUCACGCCCCAAGACCACGCCCACGCCGCCCAACAGUACAAGUCAGUGGUGGCAGUAGUUGAGGCACAGGAGGAGAAGGCACAGCAGCAAGAGGAGCAAGAGAGACUCACACGUGCGUCACAGGAGGAGCACAGAAGGGCUGGGGUGCUUGCCUUAAACGAUGGCUCCCUCUUCUCCAGGAUGUUCCGCGGAGAUAAGGACAUGGGCGUCCUCCUCCAGCUGCCCGGUGCCCACACCCUCAUGACCAAGUACCGGGACCAAUUCAAUGCAGUGUGCCUGCGGGUGUUCAACGCAGGUCUGGAUCAUGAGGUUCAACGGCAGACAGAAUUAGAACUUCUGCAGGAAGCUCUUGAUGUGGCAAAGAAUGACGCUGACACAUAUGCUCGUGGGGUGGUGCGGAGGGUGGAGGGGGAGGUAGAGACCGUGGUGGCAGCUGGGCAGGAGCUGAGGGCUGCUGAGGAAGCAAGUCUUGGAGAUGACCAGGAGGCACACGAAGCCAGAGUGGCCAAGGCCGUGGCACUGAGAGAGCAGUUUGAUGCCCUGCUGGAUGACGCCUCCCAGGAUCUCCUCACUGCUGAGGUCACACUUGCUGACCAGGUCAAGGAUGUGGUAGAUCGUGCCAGGGAGGAGUUAGGAACCCUUGUGGGCAACUUCCUGGAGGCGGCGGCUAUGGAGCUGCAGGAGGGACGACGCCUCGCCUACACCUUCUACUGUCGCCUCCGGGAGCUAACAGCCAAGAUGGUUGAUGAUGGAGCAGGCGGCAGUGAGGGCAUGGAUGAAGAGAGGACAGCACGAGUGUUUGAGGGCAGCGACACACUCACAUCAGCCCUGGCAGGGAUUCAUGACCGCCAUCUGGCACUGAUUGAUUCCCGGGAGGCUGACCUGCGACAGCACUUGCAGCAGUGGCUCACACACACACUCCAUGAAAUUUCUAAAGCAGAGUGGGCCAGGCACCGGAGCCGAGUGGAGGAGAUCACAACCCUGACAGCGAGACAACGGCAGCUGCUGUACGAUGCUCUGCCCACCACACAUGAAUAGUGAGCUUCUGGCAAAUGAGGGAUAAUUAAGGGUUCUGUGACAACUACCAUCUUCAGCUCUUAACUACCUAGGAAGGAGAUAGUUCCUAGUAGUACAUCUGAAGCAUUAGUAAAUUAUCUAGGACAGUGUUUCCAUUACUUGCCCUAGUAAAAGUAUGAAGUCAAAUAGAUACCCAAAGACGAUUCAUGUCAAUAAAACUUUCACCGAACACUUGAAAUAAUGGUUGUCAUGCCUGAAAAAAUCACUAUAAAAAUUUUGACAUGGAUUAUCACUACCUUAAGUACUGUAUCCAACCCCCAUUAUGCUCUGAAGACUGUCCCGAAGAAAAUAAAAAUAAAUGGUACAUUAUCAGAUCCAUAAACCAACAAAUGGACUCCUGCCACCGAGUUCCUUGCAGGUAAUGGGAAGUGUACUCUGGAACACGUCAAUAGGAUAACAAAAUAAAACAAACCAAUGAAACUACUGUAUCUUUCUAUGGUAUAUAUACACAAAAUACUGACUAUAGUACUAUAAAUUCUCACACAAUAAUCCAUGUUUCAUGAAUACAACUGGAUACUUUAAGCAUAGUAAUAAUGGUCUACCUGGUUUGGCUGAAAAAGGUUUUAAAAAAUUAUGGCCCCAAAGUUUAUGGUUUCACAGUGCUGUAAAUAACAAGUGCUAUUUUAUCUAUUCUGUGUUAAAUGCAAAAUAAAAAAAUCACUCAAUAUUCACGAGAGAGAGAGAAUUUUUUACUGGCAAAGUCAAUGUACUCCUCUAAACUUUUGAAUAUAGUGCACUUAAUUUAUAUUCCCAUCAUUAAUGAAAAUGAGGAGUAUUCAAGAGCCAGUCGGUCAUGAUAAGAUGCAUUAGUUCAAGUCAGUCCAAUAGUUACUCCAUUUGUCUGUCCAUCAGGCUCUGCAUCCACAAAGGUUUAUACCAACACACACAAUCACUCAUGAACACUUUCACACACACAUUGAUAUACACACUGUUACGAGUGUCCACCAUAAGUUCUGUUCUGGGUAUGAAAUAUGUUGGUUUGGAGGGUGUGUGGUUGGCUCGAGCAGUUUCGUUCAUUACUCGCCCACACUGACUGAGUCAUCAUUUAAGUAUUAAAUCUAUUUAUUACAUUGUGUAUUGGACUGUAUUAUGUUUGAUUGUAUUGUGUAUGAUUGUAUUAAGUUUGUAUAUAGGUUAGAUAAGUGGAAUUAAUGUCAGUAGGGGAAUUUAUGUAAAUUUUACGUUUUGGCCAAUCAGGAUAUGAUACGUCGGUAUUUGGCGGUAGAGAGGUGACCGUCUGGUAGUUGGUAGUCAGUCUAGGCACAGCUGUCUGGUGACCAGCUGGUAGUCGGUAGUCAGUCUAGGCACAGCUGUCUGGUGACCGGCUGGUAGUCGGUAGUCAGUCUAGGCACAGCUGUUUGGUGACCGGCUGGUAGUCGGUAGUCAGUCUAGGCACAGCUGUCUUAAGUUAAGUAGUAUACCCUCUCUCUGGUAUUUUGGGAGUUGGCAUUUGACUAUUGAGUUUUGUUAUUGCUUGAUAUUGAUUUUGUGUUAUCUUGUUGUACCUUCAGUCCUUACUCAGCCACUUCCAAACAUCUUGUCGUAUCAUUAUUGUUAUUUAUUUUAUGUUAUGUACAAUGAAAGACAAAAGUCGUGUCGUGAAAUUUGGUGAAAACAUAUGCUGAAGGGCUAAACUUUU